AUGGCAGCAGCAAAAGCAGAUUCAAAAGCUAAGAAUUCGAAAAAUUUUGCUAUAGAGGAACUGGCUAGACUGCAGGCUGAAGGUCAGCUGCCUAAAAACUUGGAUGCUAUAGAAAGAUCUGCUACUAUGCAUAACUUGAAAGUCGGAGACCAAGAUUUUGUAGUGAUAAUGAUGGAUCCUCCUCCAUGUGGAUGUGUUCGCCUUAUGAAUGGGAAGAAGAAGCGUUGCAAGAAACAUAGACAAGAACGCAGAGCGAGGAGGAAAGCGAAGAAAGAGAAGCAAAAGAAGGAAGGAAAAGAAGGGAAGAUGGUAAAGGAUGACGACAGCGACAGAAAGAAAGUGGUGGAACUGCGUCAUGCAGCUGAUUCUGAAUGCGAUGAAGACAAAGCCAUCGAUGGAGCAAUCACUCCCGAUAAAGUUGCCGUAGUGGGUCCCGCUGGUGUGGCUGUGUUGAUAGAUAUUGAAAAAGUGCAAGGAGAAGAAGUCGGUCCAAGAAAGAAGGUCGACAAACCGAUGAAGGGAAUACUCGUCAAAGGAGCUCACGAAACGCCACAAUUCAUCCCCGAGGAUAAGAUUGAGAAAGGCAAAGAUGGCCAGCCAAAGUUCAAAAACUAUACAAGGGGAACACUUGUCUGUGGCCCUCAUGGUGAAUCGAUUUUCUAUGCGGAUAAACAAUGUCAGCCAGACUCCAAGGGUAAUCCACAAAAUGUGACCGUCACGGGAGUCGAUAAGAACUUGCAAAAAAAGAUAGGAGAGACCGUUUUCCCCCCGUGCGAAGUGGAGGUGAACGACAAGGGCAUGCCAGUGUUGAUUAUGAUCACAGAUUCCAAAACCGUCCCUAAGGACAAAUGUGCAACAGUGGGGGUGUUGGUGAAGAACAACGAAGGUGUCGUAGUGUUAGCCCAAUCAGGAGGACAAACCGUUGGCGCCAAAGAUAACGCCGAAUGUGUACCGACAACACCUACUGAUAAAGUAGUACCGGGAUGUGUGAUAGGUAAAGUGGUCGAGGAUAGAGCCACCGGUACAUAUAUAGUUAUACACUGCAGUCAAGCCGUAGGCCCUAAUCAAAAAGUCGUCGGUACUCUUCUACAGGGUAAUUACUGCGAGCCGAUAUUCGUCAAAGAUGAAGCAGCCGCAAGCGGUAACGUGAAAGACACUCUUCCAGCUAUUGCAAAAAGCGAAAAUGAGGAUAAACAGUACCAGCCUCAAAUCGAGAAAGCUAAUAUUUUGGUCCAAGCACAGGUCGAGGGGAAGACUGUCACGCAAAUUCAAAAGAUCGACUUCAUCGACGACUACCCACCAGGUCGGAGCGACGACGACCCCAAGGAGCUUCUCACAACCAACAUGCAUCGGAGACGUUAUCGCUACUAUCGCUCGUACCCUCUACCGUUCAUCGACAAGAUGAUCUCUGUAGCCAACAGCGUUGCUCCCUACAUCGACGACAUCUUCAACACCGGCCACACACUCUUUGAGCACAACGCCAACCUGUAA